AUGCUACCCACAGCAUUGUGGCUGCUAUGCCUGGCAGUCGCGACAAGAGCACAGGAUACAUCAAGCACGACCAGUGGCAGCAGUACGAGCAGCAGUGGGAGUCGGAGCAGCACAAGGAGCAACGCAUUCUCAUUCACAAACGCCAUCUCGACGAUAUCAGGUCCAAUCCCGACGGAAGCCUUCACGGGCUCAGAGUACACAUACCUAUCAGCCACCGGACAGAGCACAGUUCAAACCUUGACCGAGACGACAUCGCUCAAUGGCUCGCUCACCACACUCACAACGACUUCUUCCGCUUCUUCGAAUUCACAAGUGACUGUGUCCAGCAAGUCGGUGUCCUUGACGCAGAUUGUAGGAGCAACGCAGAAUAGCACUUUGAACAGCACUGCGAGCUCCACCUCAAGCGCUGCCGCGCCUACAAACACGGUCCCUUGCAAUGGAUACCCAGAGUUCUGCACUCGCAAGUACAGCAACAUCACCCAAGUCGCUGCCCACAAUGCCUUCUUCGUGGUCAACAACAACGCAGCCAGCAACCAGGAUCUGCCCAUCACCACACAAAUGAAUGAUGGCGUCCGCAUGCUAACGGGCGAAGUCCACCGCGUCAACGGCACCCUCUACAACUGCCACACCGACUGCGACCUCCUCAACGCCGGCACCUACGAAUCCGGCCUGAACACAGUCCGCGAAUGGCUCCAAGACCACCCCUACGACGUCAUGUCCCUCCUCAUCGUCAACAGCAACUUCGUCUGGGUCGAGAACUUCACCGCCCCCUUCGAAAACGCCGGCCUCAUGCCCUACGUCUACACCCCGGCCUUCAUCCCCCAAUACCGCGACCAAUGGCCCACACUAGGCGAAAUGAUUCUCCGCAACGAGCGCCUCGUCGUCUUCAUGGACUACAACGCAAACCAGGAGUCAGUCCCCUUCAUCCUCGAUGAGUUCACACACAUGUGGGAGACACCUUUCUCCCCGCAAGAUCAGGCCUUCCCAUGCACACAGCAACGCCCCCCAGAUCUCAACCAGACGGAAGCAAGGGAGAAUUACAUGUACCUCGCCAACCACAACCUCAACACAGCCAUCGACCUCUCCUCCAUCGGCAUCGACACCAGUGAACUGCUCGUCCCCAACACCGCCGAAAUCAACGCCACCAACGGCCAACAGAACGAAUUCGGCCGUCUAGGCGCUAUGAACAUCAACUGCACAGCAGAAUGGGGCCGUCCCCCGAAUUGGUUCCUGGUGGAUUACUACAACUACGGCAGCCCGGAGCCCGGAUCGGUCUUUGAAGUGGCGGCUAGUGCUAAUGGCGUUGCGUAUACUGCGCAAUGCUGUGGUCUUGCUAAGUCUGCAGCGCCGUAUGUGCGUGCCAGCUCGGCGGGGUUGGUUGUAGCGAUUGGGAUGGGGAUGUUGAUGGGUUGGUGA